AUGGCACGAGUGGUCGAGGAGACGUUCAAGGAGGAGAAAGGAGGCGGCGUGCGGUGGUACGUGAUGGCAGACGAUGACACGGUGUUCUUGCCGGAGAAUUUAGUGGAGGUGUUGAAGAAAUAUGAUCACAAUGGGUAUUAUUAUGUUGGUAUGAAUUCAGAGAGUAUUAUAUCUAACAGUCUGUUCUCAUUUGGGAUGGGUUUUGGUGGUGCUGGAUUUGCUUUGAGUUACCCUCUUGUGGAGCUAUUGGUCAAGAAUUUAGAUGGGUGUUUAAAGAAGUACCACGGUUAUCAUGGGAGUGAUCACAUUUUGCAAUCUUGUAUGGCUGAUUUGGGGGUUUCACUUACUCAAGAAAGGGGUUUUCAUCAGAUUGAUCUACAUGGGGACAUAUCAGGUCUUCUAGCAGCACACCCACAAGCUCCGAUGGUCUCUCUCCACCACCUUGACGCGGUGGAGCCACUCUUCCCCACCAUGGACCGCCUCCAAUCACUAAACCAUCUUAUGAAAGCCGCCAAAACCGACCAAUCAAGGCUAUUCCAACAAAGCAUUUGCUAUGACCACCCUAAAGACUGGACCUUCUCGUUAUCUUGGGGCUACUCUCUCCAUAUUUACGAGAAAAUACUCCCUCCAAGCGUUUUACAGGUGCCCCUUCAAACAUUCGGUGAGUGGCGAAAAGGAGCUAAGCCUGCUUUCAUGGUGAACACUAGGGGUCUUUCCAAGGAUCCUUGUGAAAUUCCUCAUACUUUUUACUUUGAUUCGGUGGUGGACUCCCGUGGCAGAGGAAAUCCGGAGGAGGUGAUCAUGAGCUAUGUUCGAAAACUACCACGGCGGUUGCCACCUUGCUUGGCAAGUGGGAAUCAAUCGGCUCAUGAUGUGGAAAAGAUUCUCGUUAUAUCACCAGUUACGAGACUCGAAACGGUUUUGAACCGAUCUAGAUCUGUUAUCUUUGGUAUACAAUUUGGGUUCAUAACCAUGAACCAAAUUGAACAAAUGUUAUCUAGGUUUAUUUUGAACCAAGAUUGGUACCACAACCCAAUCACACCAAAUGAUUCGAUCGGAUCUGGUGCAGUUUCAGGGUUUGAUAUUCUAGACGUUGACACAAAGAGGGAAGAAGAAGAGAAUGCUGUGAAAUUGUACAAGUGGACAAAGCAGAUGUUAGAACCAUCAAGCUUAGGCCUUGCACGAAGGAUGAAAUAA